AUGGUCUGUACUAGGCCUGAUCUUGCCCUUGCUAUUAGUGUUGUCAGCAGGUUCAUGGGUCAACCUGGGAAGGAGCAUUGGCAAGCCGUUAAAAGGAUUUUUCGUUACCUUAGAGGUACAUCUGAUGUUGGUCUUGUUUAUGGGACUUGCACAGAGUGUUUGGUGACUGGUUAUUCUGAUUCUGGCUAUGCUGAAGAUGUUGACAGUAGAAGGUCUAUGACUGGCUAUGUGUUCACUCUGGGUGGUUUUAUUGUUAGUUGGAAGGCAACCUUACAGCCUACAGUUACUUUUUCUACUACUGAAGAAGAGUACAUGGCCUUGAUAGAAGCUGCUAAAGAGGGAAUUUGGCUGAGGGGGUUAGUUGGUGAUCUUGUUAUUUAUGAUUGUGAAUCUAAGGUUUAG